ACCCACGUGCCAGCUGUAUGCCCAAGUCAGUUCUUAGUCGGUGCCAGAGAAAGCAUCACCGAACCCUCGCUCUGUCCGUCCCUCUCUCUUCUCUUCUCUUCUCUUCUCUUGCCGAGUAUCUUCGUAUCCACCGAGGCACAUUCUCUCGUCACAAACUGUACGCCCGGAGGAGUGUCCGUCCACUUUUUAGUUUCUAUUUGGAAUUACAUUAGAAUCGUAACAUACAAACUCGGAAAAUAAGUGCAACGAUCUAAAGGAAACUGAACCACUUCUAUUGGACUCGGAACGUUAAACUGUUCAUAGCGUGAACAGUAGCAGCAUGCCUUGUAAAGGAGGCUGCAAGUGAAGGAAAUGUCAUAGAGUCUACGCUGACGAACUCGGUAUUGCAACUGCUGAUGUUAUUUGGAAGGACCUGUGCGUUGUUGCCCUUGCAAUUGUGAUUCUCGUUGCAUAUGAAUACUUGAAACGUUUUCAUUAUUCUGAUAACACCGAGGCUAAUGUUCAGACAUUUUUGGACAGUCAACGAAGAGUUCGUUAAUAUUUGAGUGGAGGUUACUCUCACAAGUUAUUUUUCAGUACUUCAGAAUGGUGAACUCUGUGCGUGAGUGUUGUUGUCGGUGCGGGAUGGGGGACUGUGAUGGCGGGGACGGGGGAGGAGGAGGAGGAGUGUGUCUUACUUCCCCAAACGACAGAGGUAGGAGAGGAGGAGGUCUAAGUGUAUCUGGUGUUCAGUUUGCUGUUCACUCCCAAGACAAUCGGGCGUCGUCGCCUGUCACCGCAGCUCUCCUGAACAGUCAUUCGUGUACGAACAAUUCCCACCCGGACAUCUACACGAAAUUGCAAGACCAGGAGACGGACAGCCUCAGCCUCGAUCACUUGCAGCAACGUUGCAGUGGAGGGAAAGUCGUAGGAAAGGGUGCGGUGGGGGAGGGGGAGGAGGAGGAGAAGGACCAGCGAAAUGCGAACAGUGAUGAGAAUGGUGAUUGUGAAAGAUCUUUAAGUGGUGUUGUGAGUUGCGAUGGCGCUGGCAGCAAUCGCAGCAGCAGAGGUGGUGAUUCACAUUUCUCGUCCCCGUCGGUUGUAGUUCGAGGUGGCGGCGUUAUUAGUAGUGGCUCGACUCUUCUUCGGAGGCACAGUGCUGAGGAGGAGGAGAACACGAAUGCAAGUAGCGCUGGUGUGGGUGUGCUAGGUCGCCACGUGUGGUCCCACCAAAGUAUUGUUGGAUCCUUGUCUCGUGAAGGAUUGUUUCCCACGCCCAACGAACACCACCCGGCCCUUGUCAGGCCCCUCGUUGCCCUCGGAGAUCUCUCUGCUACCCACCCGGAGCUUCCGACGCGACUUCAUCAUUUGGUGGCUCUGCUGACAGCCAACCCCAGUGCCUGUUGCCGCAGUCAUACCAACAGCAGUAGACCAUCUGGUGCAGGUGUUCCUCCUCCUCCUAACAACGGCCGAUCGGGAGGCGGUGGUUCUCUGAGUGCUUCGGACGCUGCCUUACUCUCAGCUCUGGCACGACUGCCACUGCCGCAGGCAGGUGUACCGGUCACUUUGCGGCAGCCCUUACCUCAACCUACUGCUGCUGCUGCGAGUGGGGCAUCCAGUUCUACUGUAGGUGGUGCUUCUGGUCCUGCGUCUUCCUCCGUAGCCUCCACCCCAGAUAGUGUUAUCACUCCCAGGUGGCCUUCGGUAUCGUCUCUCGCCACAAACGCCGAGUACGACCCGACCCCCGCAAACUCCUUCCCUUCGAGGGCGUCGUCUUUCACCUCCUUUGUGUCUUCGUUGCCUGACGACGAAGCCUCUCAGGAACCCGCUACUGACGAAGAGGAUCAGGUAGUACCUGAAGAGAGUAGCACCAUGGCGGCCGCUGACCUGGUAGCCCCACAUCCUCAGUACGAACACCACGCCUAUCACAUAUAUUAUGGUGGUAUGAAGUCGGUGGGUCGGGGCGAGGGUGGAUCCCUACAGCCCCGCCUGACCCGGGAAUUGGCAAUGUCCCCGGAUUACACCCGCCCCAAACGGUUAGACCUCCUCCUCGACAUGCCGCCCGUCCCGCGAGAGGCCUCACUCAAGCACGCAUGGAAUGCAGAAGACAGAUCACUCAAUAUUUUUGUCAAGGAGGAUGACAAAAUGACGUUCCAUCGACACCCUGUUGCCCAGAGCACAGAUUGUAUAAGAGGAAAAGUUGGUUAUACAAGAGGUCUACAUUUAUGGGAAAUACACUGGUCUACUCGGCAACGGGGUACACACGCCGUUGUAGGAGUUGCUACUGAUGAAGCACCUUUACAUUCUCAAGGAUACCAGAGUUUGGUAGGCAGCAAUGAUCAGUCAUGGGGCUGGGACCUAGGCCGUAAUAAGUUGUAUCACAAUGCCAAGCAAGGCAACUCGGGCAUUACUUAUCCUUCAUUAUUAAACAACGAUGAGACCUUUGUUGUUCCAGAUAAAUUUUAUGUUGUCUUAGAUAUGGACGAGGGAACGUUGGCAUUUGUUGUAGAGGGUCAGUAUUUGGGAGUAGCGUUUCGUGGCCUGAAAGGCAAGAAGCUUUUUCCUAUAGUUUCAGCUGUAUGGGGCCACUGUGAAAUUACCAUCAGAUACAUAGGUGGACUAGAUCCGGAACCUCUACCUUUGAUGGAUUUAUGUCGGCGAGUGAUACGACAGGCUGUUGGUAAACAAAGGUUGACUCGUUUAGGGGAGCUAAAUUUACCUCAGUCUGUCACUCAGUACCUGCUGUACCACGAUCGUAGGUGAUAGUCGGAGGAGACUGCUGGCCAGCUCUCGUAGCCCCCUCCAUCACUAGCCACCAGGCCCCCCCACUCCAGCACCUCCCAGGGUAUAAGGUCAGGGACCCACUCUUAUAGCAAGUAGAGUGAUGGCAGCCUCCUGGGAAAUUGCGUCUCUGCAACAUCAUCAACAUCAGUUCUUUGAUAAUCAAAGCAUCCUGUUUAAAAGUAGGAUGUUUUAACUGUGCCAUGAGAGGCAUGUUUAGUUUGUUAGCAUAUUUUUAUGCUACAUUUUUUUCUUAAUGUAGGCAAUUUUUUAGACGACCGAAACCACCGGUUCGUGCAACAUACUGCAGGUAGACGCAGUCAAGUGCAUAUGCGGGACUUUAGAUGUACGUUUGUGUCUGUGUGUGUUAGUGGCAAUGUGAUAGACCAGGUCAGAUUGGUAUGCUGCCCCCACAGCCACCCCACCCUACUCAGGUACCCGUCCUGCCAGCAAAACUGGCAGAGGAAGGGAGGAGUUUAUUUGUUGGUUUUUAUGCUUGAACACUGACAAGAAAGGACUUUGGAACUUUUGAUGCAGAAACUGAGCAGCAAGUGCAAUUUGUGAUGAAAGUGAAGUGACUAUUUCAUUUAAAACUAGAAUAUGGAAUUUUGACGUAACUUUUUAUUGUGAAGUGUGGUGGGUAGUGUCCAUCUGACCAGUGAGCUGACUGGUGAAGUGUUCAUUGCAGGCCAACCUUGCAUAUCUCCUCACCGCCUUUCGCAUUUGUUCUGGAGACAUUUAGUGUAAGGCCGAGUGAGAAUUCGACAGGACCUUGUACUGUAACCGAGCUCGGUGGUUUGUGGGUGCAGGGGAGGUUCUUGUAUUGCCCCUAGUCCUUACUCUAAAUCUCUGGCACUGUCAUGGAUGCUUCACUAUUUUUAUGUCUUUUUUACAUGAUUAUUUAAUGUAAAAAAAAAAAUGAGUCCAUUAUCAAUAUGAAAUGGUCAUGUAGGGGCUCCGUAGUUCCAUCGUGACCCAGUCUUAGUUGCUGAUUGUCAAUCACCCUGAGUUCCCUCAUAUAAUGUAUGCUUAAGUAUUUUUUUAAGUGCCAUUUGCAGUAAGACCUCUGUCAAGAGCUCAACCAAGCAGAAUGACAUGGCAUGAAGAUCUACAGUGUGUAAUACUGCAACAUCUCACUAGUAAGCAUCAAUCUUUGUACAAAAAUAUUAAAUAUUAAUACAG